AUGAACGAAGUCGUGCGCCUCAACGAAGAAGGUCGCCAGAGGAUGCUUCUGGGCACGGAGAGAUCUCGAGCGUUCAUCCCUCUUGCCAUCUCGACGGACGGUACCCUGCAUCCUGACACCCUCCGCUUCAUCUGGUAUUUGGCGGACAUCAUUGCUCAGCGCUCGAUGCCUCUUGAGGAUGCGGCGUUUGGUCGGCACUUCGUGCCUGAUGACGGCCCUGCUGCUGAGGUCUUGGCUCGCAAACGCGCCGCCACCUAUCAGCGCCUCACCAUGCAGCUGACGCUGGAGGCGCUCUUGUCUGGUGCGAGGCGCAUGACGCCCUUGCGGGCGCAAGCACUUCUCGAGCCAGAGGACAGCUCCUCCUCGGACUUUGUCGAGUCGCCCGAGGGGGAGUCUUCGCCGGAGGUCUCCGACUCCGAUGGGGGAAACCCUUCGAGUGGCCCCGACGAUCGGCGCGGAGCUGGCGAAGCGUCUCCGUCCCUCACUGUGACGUCGGGUGCCUCCGGAGAGCUCGACACCACUGGGUCGGCUGCCUCCGGGUAUCGCGUGUAA